CAGCAACUCUGUCUUCCCUAAAGAGCCAAAGAGUGAGCCACUCCACCACAGAGUGGCUGCACGCUCACAUCCAAGGCCUCAGAGCUGAGAUGGAAAGGAUCCUGGGGACCCAGAAAAGUAUGCCCUGCCUGAAAGUCCUGCCUGGAGAGCCCAAGCACCUGCCCUAAUAGAGCCUCAACAGCUGCCUGGUUUUUCCUACAUGAACCCCUCUUUGUGAACAUCUUCUCAACAUGAGCAACAGUCUCCACUUGACCUUCAUGUGUCUGAGUCUCUUCACACAAAGAAUGUGUAUCCAGGGGAACAAGUUAAAUCUCGAGGUCAGCAGAAAUGACAAGCUUUCCCUGCCUGGCUUUGAGAACCUUACAGAAGGAUAUAACAAAUUCCUCAGGCCCAAUUUUGGUGGUGAACCGGUUCAGAUAGCACUGACUCUGGACAUUGCGAGUAUUUCUAGUAUUUCAGAGAGUAACAUGGACUACACUGCCACCAUAUACCUCCGGCAGCGCUGGACAGACCAGCGGCUCGUGUUUGAGGGCAACAAGAGCUUCACUCUGGAUGCACGCCUUGUGGAGUUCCUGUGGGUGCCAGACACUUACAUCGUGGAGUCGAAGAAGUCCUUCCUCCAUGAAGUCACGGUGGGAAAUAGGCUCAUCCGCCUCUUCUCCAAUGGCACAGUCCUGUAUGCACUCAGAAUCACAACAACAGUUGCAUGUAACAUGGAUCUGUCUAAAUACCCCAUGGACACACAGACAUGCAAGUUGCAGCUGGAGAGCUGGGGGUAUGAUGGAAAUGAUGUGGAGUUCAUCUGGCUGCGAGGGAAUGACUCUGUGCGUGGGCUAGAAAAUCUGCGACUUGCUCAGUAUACUAUACAACGCUACUUCACCUUAGUCACCAGGUCACAGCAAGAGACAGGAAAUUAUACACGAUUGAUCCUGCAAUUCGAGCUUCAGAGGAAUGUCCUGUAUUUCAUUUUGGAAACCUAUGUUCCUUCCACUUUCCUGGUGGUGUUAUCCUGGAUUUCAUUUUGGAUCUCCCUUGAUUCAGUUCCUGCAAGAACCUGUAUUGGAGUGACCACUGUCUUAUCAAUGACUACACUGAUGAUUGGGUCCCGCACAUCUCUUCCCAACACCAACUGCUUCAUAAAAGCCAUUGAUGUGUACCUGGGGAUCUGCUUUAGCUUCGUGUUUGGGGCCUUACUCGAAUACGCAGUUGCUCACUACAGCUCCUUACAGCAGAUGGCAGCCAAAGAUAGGGGGAAAGUGAAAGAAGCAGAAGAAGUCAAUAUUGCAAACAUCAUCAAUAGCUCCAUCUCCAGCUUUAAACGGAAGAUUAGCUUUGCCACCAUUGAAAUUUCAGGUGAUAACGUUGACUAUAGUGACCUGACAAUGAAAACCAGUGACAAGUUCAAGUUUGUCUUCAGAGAAAAGAUGGGCAGGAUUGUUGACUACUUCACAAUUCAAAAUCCCAGCAAUGUUGAUCGAUAUUCCAAACUCCUGUUUCCUUUGAUUUUUAUGUUAGCCAAUGUAUUUUACUGGUCAUACUACAUGUAUUUUUGAAAUGAUGUUGGACUUUUGCAUGCCAUAGAUCUUCAGCACAGCAAGGUAAUGACGUAAAUUGUAUUUUAGGUAAAAUGUACAGUACAACCCAAUGAUGCUACAAGUGGCUAAAAUAAUAUCUAAGCAUUUUUCCACAAAGAAUGAACUCACAACCAUUAGAGAUCUAAGUUGUGUAGAAGUCCUAGCAUUACAGGGUUUUGUAAUAGAAGCAUGAGCCCAUUCUUCUUUCACCUUUAUGAAGGACAUCCUCAUCGAUCCCAGGGUUACAAACCUACUCAGGGUGACUGCUCAGUGACUCCCUGGUUUGCAUUUACCUCACAUAAAACAUGAGAAGGAGAACACUAUAUCUACUGAGUACUCCUCAAGUGUCAGGGGUUAUUUCUAAAUCAUACACGAGCCACUCAAAGUAGUCAUACAAACUAUUUACUGAAACUCUUCAGUGCUUAUAAAAUUCAUUAUUGCCUAUUUAAGCAACAUUUUCUAGUUUUUGUUUUUGAUUAAAAUGGGAUGUGUGUGUCAGUUCACUGGCACUCAGCUCAAUACCAUGAUGCGUUUUUAAUAAGGAGGAUUAUUUAAUACCACAGCAGAAUUAUCCUCAAGUUCCAAUCAGUCCUAUCAUUGAAAAAUCAAACGUAAAUGAAUAAAAAGUUAGGGGAUCAAUAAUCACUCUAAAACAUAAAUCCCUUGUUUUUAAUAUAUAAUGGAUUCCCAAGACUGAAAGGACUCUUGGGCUUUAUUUCUUCUGCCAUUAUGUGCACAUCAGUAGUAAGCAGUGCAAAAUCCUUUUUCCCACAUCAGGAAUGGAAAUGGAAGAAAUUUUUUCACUUUUUCUCGGAGUUUUAAUAUGGACUAUUGCCACGAAGACUUGCCGGAUCACAUUCAUUUUCUAACUACCUUUACUCACAUACUGGUGAGGUACUGAAAGUACCAGGUGGACACAGUCAGAGAGUCCUCUGUUAUUCUGUCAUUUCUGAUGCUCUAACAUUGAGAAACAUUUUGCCGUCAGCAAAUUCCCUGCAUCCUUCCAAGAGGAGCUUUAAUCCUGUACCCUAAUGACCAGGAAUGAUGCUUAUGAGAAAAUGAGCUGCAGUUCCCAGGUAAAAGUGGCUUAACUCAAGUAGAUCUGGCCUUGCUCAGAUGCUCAAUCCUUCUAACUGGACUACUUUGAGCAGCUCAUCUUGCAUGAGGAGGAGCAUACUGACCCUAAGUCCUAAUGCUCUGAAUAACAGUGUUGCAGAACCUAUGCACAGAUGCCCCUGAGCUGCCUUCUCUAAGUCCAGCAGUCUCACUCUAAUACAAGUAAGUCUGUCCCUCUGCUUCAUAGCCAACUUCAGCCAAAAGCACCAUAUGAGUGUGCCAGGGAAAGGCUUACAUUUCAGCCUCAAUUAUUUUAAAGAAUCUCACUGGCUUCAAUUCUUUCUUUCCUUUUCUAAUAAAUGCUCAGGUUUACCCUUCCUUUCAGAAGUAAGCCACAGCUUUGAAAGGUCAUUUCUUUUCCUCGAUUUCCUGUAUCCAUAGGCUUUCAUUCUCUCGCCAUUAUAUUUAUCACAAUUCAGUUUCUAUGGGUUUGAUCUCUUGACCUUUUAACACAUGUUUCUAAUGGGAAGUGGGAUUAAAAGAGGUAGAAUGUGGUUGAAUGGUUCAAUUAUACUUGUGAUUUUUUUAAAAGUUUUAAAAAUAUAUGUUACGAAGCCUUGUUUAAGCUAUUAUAUAAAGAUAACUAUAAAGAUAUAAGACUGUGAAAUAAAUGCACCAUAUUAGCUACCUAUUAUAUCAAGUGAUCAUCUAUGUAACAUUUGUAAUAAUGUCCCAUUUGGAAAAGUACACAUUUUGUUCAAACUUCUCCAUCCUCAUGUUCCCUUCACCCCAGAAAGCGCACAUAUGCGCACGCGCGCGCGCGCGCACACACACACACACACACACACACACACACACACACAAACAUUCUUUCUCUUAUUUCCUACACAGGAAACAGUAAAUGCAAAAGACACAGGUGAUGUCUCUCUUUGAUAUCUCUGCACUUUUGAUAUCUUGCAGUUAAACAACUGGGCCAGGUAAUGUCAAAAAAAAAAAAAAGAUUCUCUUCUAAACCUUCUGUAUUAUUAUGGAAUUCUUUUUUCCUUUUUGUGAAUGGUAGUGUUAUAGUUUGAGAAUAUGCUUUUAAAAGAAAACAAUCCUUAAACAUUUUUAUCUCUCUGCCCUUUAUGCAGGCUACUACAAUAUUACAGUUCUCAGUAAAAACUCCUAAAUAGUCUAGAUUUGCCCCACAUAUCCUACCUACCCAGAGGAGUCCCAGGACUCACUUUAUUCAAAAUAUUUGUUUCUUGGUUGAAAAUAUAACCCCAUUGAAUUUUCCAAGGGCAUACAACUAGGUAGGGGUCAGGAAUAUUCUAACCAAUGAAAACAUAAUAAUUUAAUUACCUUGGUAUUCAGAAUAGCAAUAGUCUCAAUAUAGGGAAUUACACAAAUAUAAGAAGGCAUUCAACAACAAGUAAAUAACUAAAUUUUCAUUUCAAAUGACAGGGAAAAAUGAACAUAGCAGAAAAAAGCUUGAGAUUAUAGUUGACUACAAACCAAAAAUGAGCAGGCAAUGCAGGAAAAUACCAUUAGAAGAAGGGUACUGUAUGGACUUUUAUUCCCAGGCAAGUAUAGUGAUGUGCAUAUGUGGAGGUCAACAUCCAGAAUCAAAACACGGUCCUUUCUCAAUGUUGUGUAUUAUUCUUACAUAUGUGGAGACAUUCUUCUCAGCUGCUGGCCUAAAGUGAAUUUUUGUCUCUCCAUGACGCCUUUACUGCCAAAGCUCCUUGCUUUUUAAAACAUACACUUUAAAAAUUUACUCAACAUACAGAGAGUUACACUGUAAUACAUUAUCAAUGUAAUUUAUAUCAUAUCAAUGACUUAAGAAAGAUCAAAUUAAAUACUUGUUUUAUCUAUUUUUAAAAAUUUUAAAUACAAUUAAAAAUUUACAAUUUUAAAAUAUAUAAUUUGUUUUUUGUAAGGAGUUUAGAUAUGUAAGACAGUGUAAUAUAUUUGGGCUGAAAAAUCAUUGAGAUCAAUUUUGAAGAAUAUACACACCAAUUUUAAAAAGAUGUAUAGAAAAAGGAAAAGAGUGAGAAAUGACAGAGAUGACUAAAACAAUGAAAACCUCUAUAAGAAUGAGGCUUUGCCCCUAGAGAAGGAGGGCUAAGAAAUAAUGACCAUCAUCAUUAGGUUCAAGAAAGAUUUUAUACAAAGAAUAUGCUAUUCUACUACUCAUCUAUUCACCUGAAUCAGUGAACUGAGUGAAUGUAAACAGGCAUAAAUAAAGUUAGGAAAAGCUCUAAUUGUUUAAAACAAAGAAAACACACAAGUUGAGUAAAGAAAUUUUCAGAUAUUCCAUCUGGAAAUUUCCCAUGGAAUCUCUUCCUUCUGAUUUUGCCAUCCAUGUGCCUAGAAACAGAUGGCUCUAUUCUACCAGAUGACCUUGGAGGGUUGUAGAUGCAAGGAGAUGCCUCUGAAUGCAGAAGGUUAAAGUACUACUCUAAAAAUAGUGCUAACAUAAAAAUGAAUGCUUCAGAAUAUUUCCACUGGCCCAAGAAGUUUAGCUUCAAAAUGAUCGUUUCUUCUUGGGAACUUGAAAUAGAAUCAUGUGAUUCACAACUUUUAAUGACUUGGAUGUGCUACAGAUCUUAACCAUCCAAUGUAACUACUUUUAAUCAUGCCUGUAGAGGAAAACAAAUUCCAUUUGGAAAACUGGAAAAGGGAACAGAACAUUAAAAGUAAAUUAGUAGGCCUGGGGAGAUAGCUCAGUGGUUCCACCGCCUGUCUUGCAACCCUGGUACAAAAAAAAUAAAGUAAGUUAGUAAUUA